GUUUGUCUAGUUUCACAGGAUUCGUCUUAUUUUUGUUUUUUCGGGGAAUAUUUUAUUUAAUUCCUGUAACGUGUUUCCAUGUACACACCCGGAUAUUUAGUAAUGAAAUUCAAAUCCAGCUAGACCUACAACUCAGCUAAAGUUACGCGUUUGGUCCGACUAAGCUUAACGAGUCAAGACUAACAAACUGUGGAAGAUGUGACGAGGCGGAGACUAGGAGCCGCUCGCUGAUCAUGAGCUGGUUUAUUGCGAUGAGUGAGGCUGAGAGAGAAGUGGAGGAGUCGCCGCACUUUCUGAUCCACACACCAGGCUGUGUCAUCCCGGACUUUGACCCGUUGGAUCCCACCAUCUCUAAAUACAGAACGACCGAAAACAAGACGGUAGUAUGUUCAACCAGGCGGCCGCUGACGGAGACUCAAGGCCUGCUCCUUGUGGUGUAUAAGGAACGAGCGGUGGACUACGGCGUGACCUGGGAGUCCCUCAACUGCUCCUACAGAGGCAUCAAGAGGAUUCAGCAGAAUCCUGUCAAGUAUAACAGCAACUGUGAUAAAACUUCCGUACUGCAUGAGGUCAUCCCCAUAAAGGAGGAGUCAGCCAUCGUUGACGAGGACGGAAUAUUGGUGACUUGUCAAGAGGAGACCAACGGAACCAACACGGUGUACAAGAACGUUCACUACUUCGUGCAACCCAGAGUUGUGAGAGAUAAGCGGAAAAAGUUCCAGGAGGACCACGGAGAGCGACGGCCACGCCAGGACCCGCUGAGUGUCAUCGUCAUGGGCACAGACGCUGUCUCCAGAGGGAACCUUCGCCGCCACAUGCCCGAGACCUUCGACUAUCUUAAAAAAAGCCUGGGAGCCAUCGACUUACAUGGCUUUAAUAAGGUCGCCGACAACACCGACCCGAAUAUGAUCGCCGCCUUAAUGGGGCUGACCGAAAAGGAAUUUAAGAAUCAUCCCUGCGUGCCUAAUAAAAUGUCAAAGUUUGACGACUGUCCCCUGAUUUGGAAAAAUUAUUCUGAAAACGGCUACGCAACAGCUUAUGGUGAAGACUCACCUUGGAUGGGGCUCUUUCACUAUAAUAGAGCCGGUUAUGUGAAACAGCCGACUGAUUAUUACAACAGAGCGUCUUUCCUAAUAUCCGAGAGAGAGAUAAGUCACAACGCUGGCCUCGGAAAAUCCAAUGGACGCUACUGCCAGGGGAGCAAGUUAAGUGCGAGUGUUGUGCACGACUACUCCCUCCUCGUGGCCGACGCCCUCAAGGACAUUCCGUACUUUGGUUUCUACUGGACAGCUUCCCUCUCGCAUGACUAUCUCACCAUGGCGAAAGCGGUUGACAGACCAUCGCUAUGGUACCUCCAGCAACUACACUCCAGAGGCUACCUUGAUCACACCAUUCUCUUCUUCAUUAGUGACCAUGGGCAGCGGUGGGGCGACUUCCGGUCAACCUACGCCGGGAUGCUGGAGGAAAGGUUACCCUACGUCAUGAUAGUGUUUCCUCCCUGGUUUAAAGACCAGUACCCUGAGGCCUGGGCUAACUUACACACCAACACCCGCCGACUCACCUCAACGUUUGAUAUCCACGUCACGUUGAGGGAUAUCCUGACACAGGCUUAUACCGACCUGUCUACUGCACCAACAGUAGCCGCUCACGGGCAGAGUUUGUUCCGGGAGGUACCACUGGGCAGGACGUGUGAGAACGCCGGCAUCAGCGACCACUUCUGCACUUGCCUCCACAGCACCGAGGUGAACGUGGACGACCCUCGUCUCAAGAAAGUCGUUCAGUUCGUGGUCAAACGACUCAACCAAUACCUCAGCCUAUACCCUAAAUGUGUUCCACUAAAGCUGGACAAAAUCUUACGGGGUCGUGUAGGAACAGCCACAAACAGUACCAUCCCCCAAAACCACGACAGUGUGACCAUGAUCUUCAAUGUUGCCUUCGUUACUAACCCAGGUGCGGCUGAGUUUGAGGGAACAGUCAGGUACCAAAACAAAGUUUAUCAGCUAGUGAGCGACGUGUCCAGGAUCAACCAGUACGGCAACCAGAGUCACUGUAUCAACCACAGCGUCCACAGGAAAUACUGUUACUGUAGAGACAUGCUACCCACCACCACCUGAUUCAUCAAACCGCGAGUGUGUUCAUUCUAGUCGUUUCCUCUGAAGAUGUCUUGAAUAAAGACGAAAGCUAAGGUGCUCCGUUGUUUCCCUUUUCCCGUGUGAUUUUAUCAACUCAGUUGCUACC